AUGGCCCAUAUGGCAGGUGUGUGCAUUGCAUUUGCGCCAGCAAAAAAAUUAAAUAAAUAAUAAAUAACCCAAAGCAACAAAGUUUUUCCCCCCUCCCGUCUCCUCCUCCUCUCUUUCCCAUAAUUACUAUUGGUAUUGGUAUUAUUAUAAAAAGACAACCCACUCUCCUGUUGGUCCCUCUUUCUCUCUCUCUCCCUCUCUCUCUCUCUCUCUCUCUCUCUCGCUCUGUGUCAUCUCUCUCUCUCUCUCUGAGGUCUUGAGAGGCGAUAAUGAGUGGGUUGUAGAGGAGCGUGGGGAAAUGGAGAAGGGCUCGGGCUCCCUUGGGCCCUCUGGGCCUGACGCCCUUAAUGGGCUCAAGUUCGGGAAGAAGAUCUACUUCGAGGACGGCGGCGGCGGCGGCGGCGGUGGCGGCGGCGGAGGAGGAGGAGGAGAGAGCUCCUCGUCGUCGUCGUCGUCCUCCGCCACGUCGUCCUCCAUGGGAGCGAAGAAGGGGAAGGGGGCGGCGCAGGGGACGCCGAGGUGCCAAGUGGAGGGGUGCCACGUGGAUCUCACCGGGGCCAAGGCCUACUACUGUAGGCACAAGGUGUGCGCCAUGCAUUCCAAGGCCCCUAGGGUUGUUGUGGGAGGGUUGGAGCAGAGGUUUUGCCAACAAUGUAGCAGGUUCCAUCAGUUGCCUGAGUUUGACCAAGGAAAAAGGAGCUGCCGCAGACGUUUGGCUGGUCACAACGAGCGUCGUAGGAAACCACCCGUCCCUUUGUCAUCUCGCUACGGCCGCCUGCCACCAUCCUUUCAUGGAACUAGGGACUAUUCUCAAUUGGAAAUGGAUCGGGAAUAUAUCCUUUCAUCUCGGGAAUACAGAUCCAACGGAGGAUGCUGGGAUUGCAAGUUUCCAUCGGAGGCCCCUUCGCCAAAGGACCCCAGCAGAUUCAGGAGCUUUAUUAUGGACUUCACUAAUUACCCGAGGCUCCCAAGUACUACUACCAAUGCAAGGGAUGUGUGGCCAACUGUUAGUAGGGCCGGUGAUCGAUUCGCCUCCGCUGCCCCUAACCCAUGGCCAUUGGAUUAUCAUCGAACAGCUGGCUCACAUGGGAACGUCUUCUCGCCCACGGAACUCCCGCCGCACGAAUGCUUCUCAGGAGUCGCCACUGACUCUAGCUGUGCUCUCUCUCUUCUGUCAACUCAGCCAUGGGGUAACCAUACUACCAGUAACCGAACUCCGGUAAUGCCGCAUAGCCAUGUGCCUCAAUCAGUUGGUCCUGGAAAUUUCACAAACAGUUCAUGGGGGUUUAGAGGCCAUGUAGAAAGACCCGGUUCACACGAAAUGCCUAAUGAAAUGGGAAUAGGAAUAUUACCCGGCGCUGCAGGAGCUGGGAAUGAUCAAUUCACCGGUGAACUCGAGUUAGAUCUGCAGGGGAAUGGACCGAACCCAGAUCAUGGCUCGAGCAGGGGGUUCGACCACUCGGGUCACGGCAUGCACUGGUCUCUCUAGGCGAUGGCUUGUGUGUCGUUCUUUAAGUCGUGGAUCAUUUUGGUCUCAUUUUGCUUCUCCAUGGUUGUUGUUUUAUCAAGUUCAUGAACUUGAAUCUCCUUUCUGUUGCUAGUAUGGCUGAAAGAUCUGUUAGAUCUUAAAACUCAUCCGCUAUGUUCCAAACCUUAUGGCUUUACUAAGUAUUAUUUGUGUCUUGUGGAGUUUUAAUUGAUGUACCUAGUUUUCUCAUGGUAAAUUUUUCUUAUCUAGAUUA